GUCUGUUUGUUGUACAGUCUGUGUAUCGAUUGGAUGACUCAACUGAGAGACAUAGUUGACAUUGGUUCUCUCAUUGGACUCAGGUGGGGAUAUUAGAGGAGAAGAUGGACCUUGCAGAACAACAACAGAAUUAUGAAAAGGAGAUGGUGGAAGUUGUACAGGAGUAGGAGAAUACCUAGCUGCUGAACUCAUAUUGGGAUCAAGAGGACUGACACGGUGCUCGAAAUCAGAGAGCGGGGAGGUAGCUCUAGGGGAGAAGGAGACCUGUUCGUAAGUUGGAAAUAGUCGAGGAUAUUCUCUGGACUGAUCUUCCACGUACUCCACCUGAUGAAAAAAAAAGAGCAAACAUUAUGGUUGUUCUCUGAAGGAAGAGCUUACAGGUGGUAAUAGCAUGUGUUUACUUACAGUCAAAAAUAACAACUUGUUACUCAUCUUUUUGGAUUGGUCACACACCGACGAGUGGAGGGAAUGAUCUGCAGGCCAAUUUACCGAGGUGUCAGACACUUUCUCAAUGUUUGGAAUCUCAAAGGAACUAACAGGGGCCCCCUCAGGAGGGCCCCUUGGAUUCAUUUUAGUUUUCGUCUUGCACCAGGGAUAUCGUAACGUCCGUUACCUGCUGGAAACGUACUUUGAAAACGCUAUCGCAAUACGAAUGGAGGCAAUGAAAUCGGAGAUCUUUAACCACAACGAUCGCAUUCGAGCGACUUUCGGGACAGCUGAUAAGCCACGACAACGCCAUCGAUCGUUACAACAAUAUCCGCGGAACGAUUUAUUGUUUGUCUUAGGAACGGAAAAACUUACCAUCCUCAAUGCAUAAGUUUUCGAAGACGACGCACUUUUUGUCCUGUGAUGUGAUGCACCUGCUGCAGGCACACUAACUCGUCAACAAUCGACGUUAUCAAUUUCAUAAUGCUGGCUGAGCACCGCUGCAACGGCGGGAAAACUUCGAAUCGUCGAACGAGAUCAGUAGAGCGAGCUCGACUUACAAAGAAUUUUGAAUUCAUAUCCGUUUCACUUCUUAAUAUUUAUUAAUCAGUCGACAAUUAUCAAUUAUAUUUCCCGAGAGUCUAAUUAACGUGUGUUAUAUGAUAACAUAUGUUAAAUGUCUACAUAUAAUUAUUUAAACGUAAAAGAAUCGCUGCAUUCGAAAGUGCAUAGAAUCGUUUUAUGCAAGACACAUUUAGAGUUACUAUUGAGUGAAAUAUUUUCUUCUAGUUUCUAACAAAUACAUAUACACAAGCAGUAAUAAAAUGAUGAAGCGUGAGGGGUAGAUUUCCGAGGGCGAAGCAAACCGAUGGCGUCCUCCAUCAUUUGCCUCCACCCCCUGACUUAUGAAUGGGGUUGGGGAGGCACAGCUGCGUGUAUAGGGGGUAUCUUCCAUAACUUUCCUUAACAACGAAACAACAACGCGUCAACACGAGACCCGUACACGGUUUCGAUACAUACGUAUAUCGUGUUCGCGAAUUAUAACGUUAAAAAUAAACCGGCCAUGACACACGCAAGCCAGCUGACCGAUUUGAUGGAUCGGAUGAUGAAUGUGGACAUUUUCCAGCCCUCGGAGAAGCACCGAAUGACACAGGACGAGAGGAAGACGUUCCUCGAUCCGAACUUGAUCAUGGAUGCGAGACAUCGGAUCCUCCGCGAAGACUUGUCCGCUUCUCCCACGAAAUGCUCGGUCUUCGCGGAGGCGAAGAGAUUAUUGGCACAGGAGGAGGAGACGCAGUCGUUCCUGAAGAAACAGCAACGAUAUCUGGAAAGGGAGCUGAGGAGAUUCGAGGCGGAAGUGCUCAAAUCCCGGCCGAAGUUCUCCGGCCCUUACACCUGCAAGAGAAAGAGUUUCGCGCCCUCGGACGACGAGGAGUUCUGGGGGUCUUGCAGAAGGACCCGGCGCAAGCGGCUCGUUUUCGAGGAGAGCACUGAAAGGAGCUGCAGUUUGGAGAGUGUUAUGAAUUCUGCUCCAAAAACUGAUGAGUUGGAUGACUCCUCAACGAAGGUACAGAGGAAGGAGGGUCCGGAGACAACGGAGCAAGAAUUGUCGCACUUCGGGAACAUCAAGGUGAUGAUCACGGAUAAGCCCAGCUCCGAGACCGAGCUGUAUCGUUUAGAUGUCCUGAGGAAGUGCUUUGACGCUCUGCGGGAGAACGCGGAGGAGGAACGUCGACUGCGGGAGAUCAGGACGAAGAUUCAAGAGAGUGUAACCUUGAGGCUGACAAGGAAGUACUUCGACGCCUGGAGAACACACGCGAGAAACGCAAGGAUGCUUGAAAAGCUGCAAGAGGAUCCAGGAGUCUCGGACGAGCGGAAGAUCGAGCUGUUUAUAAGCGCGAUCGCGGAGCGUCAGAAGGAUCUGAUGAAGACCAAGAAAUCGAGGAACAGAGAGGACGAUGUGGUCACGAGAGAGAUCAGUGUCAUGAGAAAGAAGAGCAUCGUUUUGAGGCCUGUUGUGGUCGAGUCACCGGCUCAGAGCCGACUGAUCGCCCAGAAGAGGAUCAUAGAUGAUCAGAGAGCCAAAUUGGCGGAGCAGAGAAGGAUCAUCGAGGAGCUGAAGUUGAAGGAGGCACAGAAGGAGAUUUACAAGGCCGAGAGAGAGACAGUCGACAUAGCUAAGGAGACGCUGACCCUCUGCGGGAAGAUGACCAGAAGGACGUUGAUCCAGUUGAUGCAACAGGCUGGUUACAGGGACGAAAGCCUGAUGGUGUCUCACAAAGCGCCGGAUCCGCCCAAGUUCUUGUGGAGGAUGGAAGCUCGUGCGAAGGCCAGGCGAGAGAGGAUAAAACUGGCGGAGGAGACCCGCAGGAUGAAGCUCGAGGAACAGAAGAAGCGAGAGGAGGCUGCUCUAUUGGAGGAGGAGCAGACGAAGAGGAGAUUGCAGCAAGAGGCUGCAGCUGAGGCAAGGAGACUCCGACGAGAACAGGAGCAGAACAGACUCAGAGAGAUUGAGAGACAAAAGAGACUGAACAAUGUCGCGGACCAGUUUCAUCGCAGGUACCUACUGCGCCGGUAUCUGAUCGACCCGCUGUCCACCCUCGUCGAGCAGAAGAAGAGCAACGCGAAGAAGGCGGACGAUUGGUACAGGUGCAACCUGGUCAGGAGGAUGUUCGUGCUCUGGAAAACGGAGACCGAGACGGUGUGUGAAACGAGGAUCGCGAUCGCAGAGUCCUUCUACCACAGGAGCUUGAUGAUUAGUGCGUUCGGGGAAUGGAAGCGGAUGGCGAAGGAGGUGAAUUCGAAGCACCAGGUCGCCGUGGACUUCUGCGACAUGAAGAUGUUGGAUAGGUACUUCGGUUCAUGGCGGACAGUGAUUUUGGAACUGAAAGCAGAACAUAAACGCAAUGAGGAGUUAGCUGACGGUUGUUAUGAACAGAAGUUGAAGGCGAGACACUUCUCCAUGUGGAGGAAGUAUCUCACGAUCGCCGUGGAUAUUGCAGAAAGCGAGAAAAGAAAAGAAGAGUUGAGACAGUUGGUGCAAAUAGUGAUACCUGAUUUUGAUCCCAGACUGAGGGGCGUAGCGUUAGAAGACUGAAGUUACAAUGGUAAAGUUUAAACAGAUACGAAAAUUUGUGACUCUUCCUCUUUCCUUUCUCGUUUUCGCGCUUAAAUGUACCAUACACAAUCGAUUGAUACAAUUUAUUGCGAUGAUCGUACAAUGGCCGCUUUAUCACAGUUACAAUAGAUAUAUAAAUAAUGUGCACAAUAGUGAAAUAAAAGUUAAGUGGUACGCCAACUGAGAUCAGCCGUUUCGUAUUAUAAUGUUGUUACGGAGCAACGGCUUUGGCAUGAAUUGUUUUUAGCUAUUAGAACGAAAGAUUCCAAAUGAGCGUUAAAGGAUGUCGAUAGAGAAAAGUGUGCUUGAACUAAUUAUUGGAGUAUAUGUUAUGAUUCACAUACCGCCCAAGCGCCCGACGUUUCAGCCUCAUUGUUCGAUAUUAACUUUCAACGUCCUCCGCGUAACGCAAAGCAUCAUCCACCAAGUAAGAACUAAAUUUAAUAAUCUAGCCUAAAUUAAAUAUCUAAGUUUUGCAGCAAAACAA